ACCCAUAGUUUCCAAUCCAUCAUGCAUCAAGCUUUACUAACAUGGCUAAAUACAAAGUUCUCACUUUAGUCUUCUUUGUGGUCCUUGGUUUGGGAACUUCCUUAGCCAAUAGAGCUAUUCUCACUAUUGGAGAGAGCUAUGGUGCAACUAGUGGACUUGGUGGUGGCGGUGGGGGUGGCUCUGGAGGUGGAAGUGGUUAUGCUGCUGUAGGUGUGACUGGCCAUGGAGGUUCUUCCCUUGCAAGUGGUGGUGGUGCUGGAAGUGGAGCAGGUUAUGGUGGUGGAGUUGCCGGUGGUGGUGGAGGAGGUGGAGGGAAAGGAGGAGCUGAAGCCUAUCUUGGUGGUGGAAGUGUUGGUCACGCUAGUGGAUCUGGGGAAGGAGGCGGUGCAGGAUAUGGUGGUGGAGUUGCUGGUGGUGGUGCAGGAGGAGGAGGAGGUGGCAAAGGUGGUGGUGGAGGAGCAGCUUCUGCGGGUGGAAGUGCAGGCUCUGGCUCUGGUUAUGCUAGUGGAGCUGGGGAAGGAGGUGGUGCAGGAUACGGUGGUGGAGUUGCUGGUGGUGCAGGAGGAGGUGGUGGUAAAGGAGGAGGUGGAGGUGGGGCCUCUGCCGGUGGAAAUGGUGGCUCUGGUUAUGCUAGUGGAGCCGGUGAAGGAGGCGGCGCAGGAUACGGUGGUGGAGCUGCUGGUGGUGCAGGAGGAGGUGGUGGCAAAGGAGGAGGUGGAGGCGGGGCUUCUGCCGGUGGAAAUGGAGGCUCUGGCUAUGCUAGUGGAGCCGGUGAAGGAGGCGGUGCUGGAUACGGUGGUGGAGCUGCUGGUGGUGCAGGAGGAGGUGGUGGCAAAGGAGGAGGUGGAGGCGGGGCUUCUGCCGGUGGAAAUGGAGGCUCUGGCUAUGCUAGUGGAGCCGGUGAAGGAGGCGGUGCAGGAUACGGUGGUGGAGCUGCUGGUGGUGCAGGUGGAGGUGGUGGAAAAGGAGGAGGUGGAGGUGUGGCUUCUGCGGGUGGAAAUGGAGGCUCUGGCUAUGCUAGUGGAGCCGGUGAAGGAGGCGGCGCAGGAUACGGUGGUGGAGCUGCUGGUGGUGCAGGAGGAGGUGGUGGCAAAGGAGGAGGUGGAGGCGGGGCUUCUGCCGGUGGAAAUGGAGGCUCUGGCUAUGCUAGUGGAGCCGGUGAAGGAGGAGGUGCAGGAUACGGUGGUGGAGCUGCUGGUGGUGCAGGGGGAGGUGGUGGCAAAGGAGGAGGUGGAGGUGCAGCUUCUGCUGGUGGAGGAAGUGCAGGCUCUGGCUCUGGCUAUGCUAGUGGAGGAGGUGAAGGAGGUGGCGCAGGAUAUGGCGGUGGAGCUGCUGGUGGUGCAGGAGGUGGAGGUGGUAAAGGGGGUGGUGGAGGAGGAGCUUCAGCUGGUGGAAGUUCAGGUUCUGCCUAUGGAAGUGGAGGCGGUGAAGGAGGUGGUGCAGGAGGAGGGUAUGGCGGUGAAGGUGGGCAUGGCGGCGGUGGUGGAAGCGGUGGAGGAGGUGCAGUUGCCGGUGCCGGUAGUGGCGGAGGACAUGCAGGUGGCUAUGCCGAGGGAAGUGGGUCUGGAUAUGGCGGCGGUGCCGGUGGAGCAAAGGGUGGUGGAGGAGGUGGUGGCAGCGGUGGGGGCGGGGCAUCAGCUUAUGCAGCAGGAGGAGCCAAUGGUGGUGCAAGUGGAUAUGCUACUGGUGGUGGAAGUGGCGAGGGUGGUGGUCAUGGUGGCUAUGCUCCAUAAAGAAAAUAACAAAAGUAUAAUAGCCACCCAUAUAGUAUAGCAUCCCUCUUAAUUAAUUAAUCUACACAAUUGUAAUAAAAACAAUAAGAGUGAUGCUUUUGUAUUAAUUGAGGGGAUGGAUGGUUUGAACUUUCAAUAUGGAAUGAGUUGCCAAAUUAAGAUUAUAAAAUUAUGGAUGGCAUCUAUCAAUUUCUGUAAUGCUUAUUAUCCCAUAAUUAAUUAAACUUGUAAUUA